GUUGGAAAGAAAAAGAAAAGAAAAAAGAGCUAGGAAGAGAGAUAGAGGCGCAAAUGGAGUGGAAGAAAUGGUACUUGGAUGCUAUUCUUGUGCCCUUAGCUCUUGUGAUUAUGCUUUGUUACCACAUCUACUUGUGCUUCAUGGUUCGAACCCAUCCCUUCUCCACCCUCCUCGGCAUUAACUCUCGCGGCCGCCGGAUCUGGAUUUGUUCUAUGAUCAAGGAGAAUCAAAAGAUGAACAUAUUGGCCGUACAAACACUGCGUAACAUAAUAAUGGGAGCUACACUGAUGGCCACGACAUGCGUGCUCCUCUGCGCCGGUCUAGCCGCGGUGUUAAGCAGCACCUACAGCAUCAAGAAGCCACUAAACGACGCCGUUUUUCUUGGAGCUCAUGGAGAUUUUGUCAUAUCUAUUAAAUAC